AUGAAAUCAUCAGAGAGUAUGAGUAGUUUAGAUGAAGAUAUUCAAUAUAUUUUUCAAUUAACUCGAUGGGCUCUUAAACCUCUUGGGUUGUGGUGGAUCAUUGCUGAAGAAGAACGUCAGAUGAUGUUAGAAAAAUCAAAAUUUGGAAAAAAAAUUACCAAACUUUGUGCUUUUUUUAUAUUUAGUGGUGGAUAUGCUUUUACUACUAUAAUGCCAUUGUGGAAUAGACAUGUAAAUAAAAAGAAAGGACUAGUGAAACCAGCACCACCUUCAAUAUACGAUCAUCUUUUUAAUACUCAAGCUACACCAGCACGAGAAAUUAUUUUUGGUAUUCGUUUACUUGGUUCAACUAUUUGUUAUAUUGUUAUUACGGCAGCUUGUGGCUUAGCUGCUAUGUCUGCUAGUCAUAUUAGUGGACAUGUUGAUAUUAUAAAAUCACGAUUACAAAAACUAGUUGAUUGUAAAUAUGAGACUGAACAUGAUAUGGUUAAUGAUAAAAUUGCGUUCAUUAUUCAAUGCCACGUCAAAAUUAUAAGUUUUUCGGGACGCGUAGAAAAAAUGCUUCGAGAAAUUUGUCUUAUUGAAGUGCUAUCAUCAACAUUUCUGAUAUGUUGGCUAGGAUACUACUGCAUGAUGAAAUGGAAUGAUAAUGAACCAGUAUCUAUCUUGACUUAUACCAUUUUGUUGAUAUCUUUGACUUUAAACAUUUUUAUAUUUUGUUAUAUUGGUGAAAUUUUACAAGAGCAGUGUGCGUCAAUUGGAAAUUUUACUUACAUGAGUGACUGGUACAAAAUAUCUGGGAAAAAAAUAUUAUCAUUGCUUUUAAUCAUCGCCAUGGCUAAUUAUCCUCGUCGAAUAACUGCUUGUGGUUUUAUGGAUUUAAACAUUCGAAGCUUUGGUUCUAUAAUGAAGACUUCAGUAGCAUAUUUAAAUAUGUUAAGAGCAAUGGCUGAAUAAAUUAAAUUGGCUUAUUAAUUU